AUACAUACAUCCCGCACUCCAUUCCAAACAUGGACAUUGCACAUGUCAAGGCCAGCGUCAAGGCAUGGGAAAAGGCUUUCAAGGCAGAACACGGCAGAGAACCAACCAAGGAAGACAUCAAGAACGAUACCUCUGACAUAGCCGAACAGUAUGCCCUCUACAGAAAACUCUCAAAAUCAGCAGCUUCACACGGAAAGCCAGGAGAGAGCAGCAAAUCAUCCAAGCAAGCUCUCUCACAACAGCAACAACCACAGCCACGCGUGACUCCUCGCACUAUUCCUACAUCAGCUUACCCGACCACACCAACUCCUCCGUCUCGCAGGUCAUACACCUCUUUGUCCCGCCCAAACGGGAGCCAAAGCAUGCAAAACCUGACAGCCGGGCCGUCUAGUAACGCCGAGUCUAGUGCGAAUGGCAAACCGUCACAUACCCAAUCACUCAAACGCAAAGCAUCUCACGCAAAACUCUCUCCUCCUCCAUCUGCACUGGAGAGUAGCUCGGCCGCCCGUACUCUCUUUACCACCCCAAAGAAAAAGGCUUAUUCUGGACCUAUUAUCGAUCCCAAUCCCGUCAACCCGUUUAAUAUCCUCAAUUCCCCCGGCAAAGCGAGAUCCAUCACGAAUGGGGGGUUCAAUCCCAAUUCUGGCACGGGGCUGAGUGGUGUAGAGAGAAUGGGCUCGGGGGCAGGGGCGGCAGGCAGCAAGGAGGCUGUCUCGCCAUUCAUACAUGCGUCUUCUCCCAAAAAGCUGAAACAAGUGUUGGAGGCGAAUUCGUACCACAAAACACUCGUCUCUGGGCCGGUAACGACGGUCGGCUGUAAAGUGUCAGAAAGGAUCACGCCCCGCACAAAAGCGAGAAAGAGAUUACGAGGCGAGCCUGUGGAGGAUACGCCGAUGAAAGAUCGUCAAGUCCGUCGGCGGCGUAGUCAUAUGGCUGUUUCCAAAUCUCAAUCACAAUCACAAUUGGAUUCGACACGAGAUGUCAACUUUGGUAAACCCCUAGGGUCUGUAUUUGGUGAUCAAAAUAGGGAUCCGAUGGACGAGGGGCAAGAGGAUGAGGAAGAAGGGGAUGAAGAUGAAGAUGAAGAAGGGUUGGGACCGUCUCCCGUAAAGCCUCUAGGUGGUAAAACAUUUACAAGUCUGUUUGACGAUGAGGAUAUGCCUCCACGGUCAAUCGUUUCAGCCAAGGCGAAAGCGCCGGGAGGAAAGAUGGAUGGGAAAGGGAAGAGUGGGAAAGGCGCGAGUCAGCCGGGAAUCAUGGGAUUCUUUGGCAAGUUGAAAAAGGCGAAAGAAAAGGAAAAGGAAAAGGAAAAGGAAAAGGAAAAGGAGGCCGACGUAUCAACGACCCCGUCCCUCGCUCUGGACAAAAGCGCAGAUAACACGCUCAACAGCGAUAUCCCCUCCCCAACAUCAUUCAACCCUGACAUUGACCUCCCUGAACUUUCUGCACCAUCAUCUGCCCCCCACCUAGGGAGAAAAGACAAGAUCCUCUCUCUCAGCGAAGACGAAGACGAUGAAUGGGAUCCGGAAGGUGGCAAGGUCCAGCAAAAAGUCGUCAUCGUUCCCACCAGGCGGCAGGUCAAGAGACGGACAAGUAUUGAUGGUCUCUCAGGAUUACUGGAUGGGGUGGAGAAGGGAAUGGUGGAUGAAGGACAAGAUGAAGAGGUGGAAGAGGAAGGAGAUGUGAUCUUUGAAAAUGGAAAUGGGGAUACGGACGGGCAAUCACCUCAUAUCCCCCUCGACCUCUUAGCCAUUACUUCCCCGCAUAAACAACGGUCCGCAGAGCUGGAAUCACUCCGUGUAAGCGCCAUAUUCAACCCGUUUGCUCGGAAACGCUUGUUGGCGUUGAAGCGUGGGCAAGAGAUCCAUACGACCGGAGAAGCUGCAAUUGGGGGGGAGGAAGGAGAUGUAGAUGGUUGGGAAGGGUUGGAUAACGUGUUGGAGGGGGAAGGAAAAAAAGAUGACGAUUGGGAAAGUGAAGAUGAAGGAUGGAAGAAGAUUGAAGAAGGUUUAGAUGAUUGGUAAUCGUCAUCGUCCUCUUCCCAACUGAUAUAUUUGUUCACAUGCAUGAUAAUAAUUCAUACGUUUCGUAUUUG